UAUUAUAUACUUGAAAUACAAAUUUCGGGGCUAUUUUAGUAAAAGAAAAAAUAUUAUGGUGUUUUUACGAGUUGUAAAAUUAAUUUAAUUAUACCGCCAACACAGGAAGUACUGUGCUGGUGCAUAUAUUUUUUACAUAUGCAUAUACUUAGGAUUCGAUUUUUCGUUGGUCCUUUCUGACAUUAAAGUUAGAAAUAAUCACUUAGUAUAAUUACAUUUCCCAAUAUUUUGACUGUGGCAUCAUUUUAUUUUGUGUUAUCCAGCACAUGAAGCAAUGAACACCGUUUUAAUAUGUGUUUCUGUUCUUUUGGGUUUAAUUUCAGCUCAGAGUGUUCCUUCUGUGGAAAAUCUCAUCAAAUCAGAUGGAUAUCCAGUUGAAACUCAUUUUCAUACCACCAGCGAUGGAUAUAUUUUAAGAAUACAUAGAAUACCUCAAUUGAAAAACCACUCUGCAAAAGUUGCAUUAGUUCAUCAUGGACUCGCUUGCUCCUCAGCUGAUUUCUUAUUAUUGGGUCCAGGACAAGCGUUGCCAUAUAUGCUACACGAUGCCGGGUUCGACGUGUGGUUGCUCAAUGACCGAGGAAACACUCAAUCUAGAAAUCACACUACUCUAAGCCCUCAUGAUCGUGAUUUUUGGGAUUUUUCUUGGCAUGAAAUCGGUGUUAUUGACCUACCUGAAACCAUCGACCUUAUUUUAAAAACCACCGGUGCCAGUGAAAUUUAUUAUGUCGGGCAUUCACAAGGGACGACGACUUUGUAUGUUAUGACUGCCGUUUUACCAGAAUAUAGUUCAAAAAUUAAAGUAGCUAUCAGUAUGGCUCCGAUUGCUUUUUUAGGUCAUUUGAAUAAUUGGGUACAAAAGUAUUUAGCAAGAUUUGUAUGGAUUUUUACAGAAUUCACACAAUCUUUUGGUCAUUUUGAAGUUAUGUUUGGUCCAAAUGUUGCAAAUCAGAAAAUCUUGGAUAUAUUUCUCUUCCUUAAUAGGCCAGUAAAUAUGAACGAAAACAUGAAAUCCAAAAUAAAUGCUUGGGUCCCUGCAGGAGCAUCUACUAAGCAAACUAUUCAUUAUUCACAACUUAUGAAUUCAGGUCACUUUCGAUAUUACGAUUACUUUGUUGGCAAUAUCGCAAUUUACGGAAGCAUUGAACCACCUGACUACGAUCUGGGACAUGUAAACUUUCCAAAUUAUUUAUUCUGGAGCAACAAUGACCUGUUGUCGUCAGAAAAAGAUGUAAAGCUGCUGUGUAAAGCGAUUGGAUCAUCUUGUACUAUGGUUUCGUUCAGCCAUUACAAUACAACUCAUCGCGAUUAUUUGUAUAGCCGAUUUGCUUCAGAAAAAAUAUAUUCAAAAAUAGUCAACAUAUUUAAUAAAAGCUGAUCUAUAUAGGUAGUAAUAUACUUACUUAUUACCACUAUUGUAUGUUUGUUAUUGUCUUGUCAAUUCUGAAUGAGAAUAUAGUUCAUCUUUUUGGAUUUGGAUUAAUUGUUAUGCAAAUGGCCACCUUUUAUAUUUUUAAGACUAUGGAAAUAAGAAAUAAACCCUUAAAACUGAAGUCAUAAAAUAAAUUAAAGGCAGUGAAAAUCUAAAUAAAUAUACGAUAUACCUAUACAGUCUAUACAAAUUUCAUUCACGCCUGAUGUAAACGUCUAAAAUAAUAUAAUUUU